AAUCAUCAGCAUUUAGUCUUGGGGUAAAUAAGAGUGCAGAGUUUACGAACGAUGUUAUUAAUAAAUUUUUUUUUCUACGUGUACACAUAGGUCCUGUGAUCGGCAUCCGCCACCUGCAGGCCCUGCUGCUUUUUCUGGCCAUCGUCGUGAACUACACAGCCCGCCUCAGCGUGAGUGUGGCCGUGGUGGCCAUGACGGAUGCAGCUACUACCAAUCCGGUCUUUCCGGAGUACGAUUGGACCGGGGCUCAGAAGUCAUACGUCCUAUCCAGUUUCUACUGGGGCUACAUCGUCACCCAGUUUCCGGCCGGAUUUCUAGUUCGCCGUUUCGGGGUCAAGGUAGUGCUACUCAUUCCAACGCUAGCCACAGCGUUCCUCAGCAGUCUCACGCCUUACUGUGUGGCCUGGGGCGGCUGGCAGGCCUUUAGCACCAUCCGCUUCGUGGAGGGCCUCUUCCAGGGCUUAAUAUUUCCGUGCAUACACGAGCACCUGGCGAAGUGGUCUCCGCCUGAGGACCGCAACCGGUUGGGCGCCUUCGCGUACUCGGGAGCCGACUGCGGGUCGGUUUUGGCCAUGGCCAGCAGCGGCCUAAUUGCGAACGGGUCCAUGGGCUGGCCAGGAAUCUUCUAUGUUUCGGCGGGCACCUGCGGGCUGUGGUGCCUUCUCUGGGUGACACUCGGCGCAAACAACGCUCCCAGCUCGCGUCUGAUCGGCGCAACAGAACGGGAGCACAUCGAGCGCUCGAUGAAGCGGCCUGAUGGCUUCCACGCCCAAAACAUACCCAUCCCGUGGCGGGCCAUCUGGACAUCAGUUCCCUUCUACGCCCUGCUGAUCGUGCGAAGUGCCCAGGGCUGGGCCAACUCGACAAUGCAGCUGCAGACACCUUCCUACAUGCACGGCGUCCUGGAGAUGGACAUCAAAAGUAACGCGCUCUACUCGGCCCUGCCCUUCCUGGCCAUGUGGGGCAUGUCCUAUGUUUACCUGGUCUUCGCGGAUGUGGCCCUGUCGCGGAAUUGGAUGUCACUGACCACGCUGCGCAAGUCAAUAAACACAGUAUCCUACUGGGGACCGGCGGCGGCGCUCAUCGGAAUCGGGUUCCUGGACAAAAGCCAGGCCAGUCUGGCCAUCGCCCUGAUGACAAUCAACGCCGGAUUAAACGCCGGCUCUGGGAUUGGUAGCAUCCUGACAAUCAUCGACAUGUCGCCUAACCACUCGGGCAUGCUUAUGGCCAUUGUAAACGGCAUUGGCAACAUCUUUCCGCUUUUAACGCCGCUCUUAGUGGGCGUUAUUGUCACCGAACCGGGUUCGCGGAGCCAGUGGCAGAUUGUGUUUGGAAUGACCGCCGUGGUUUUCUUCUUUGGCAACCUGGUUUACCUCAUUUGGGGCACUACUGAACAGCAGGUCUGGGAUGCCGAAGACUUUCUGACUCCCCGGGACUCGGAGUGCAUACCAAAUGGCCCCCAAAUCGAUCUCAAGCCCAUGGCGAAUACAGUUGCUAAACCAGAUAUAAAGACAACAUGAUGAACUCAGGAAAUUCAGGAUUGCUGGCAACGAGUCGUAUGCGCAAUAAGUGUGGAAUGAAAAGUUGAUUUGACCAGCACUGAUUAAACGAGUAUUGGGCCCAGCGUUUGCCGUUUUAAUUAAAAAUUCUUAAAAUGUC